AUGGCAGGGGAGCCAGAUGUUGAGGCUGAUAUUGAUGUAGAACAAAUCCAAGAUGCCUACGACUAUUUGUCAAAAGCAAAAAACACGGUGCAGAAUGCUAAAGACAAGGUGAAAAAUAUGUGUUGCCCACCAACGCCUGCUAGCAUAUUUGGAGGAAUCAUGGCCUCUCUUGGUGUGGCAACGGUAGUGGGUACCAUUACAGCCGUGACAAUAAUAUUUGCUGGUACUGAUAUUAACAACAAUUCAACUCUCAGUACUGAAUUGCCACUCACUCGAUUUAAAUCAACGCUGGGAUCUACAAUAUCACAUCUUAAUAUGUCAACAAUGGAAAAUCCAAUCACGAAUUCUUCAUCAACGCUGGAUUCUACAACUACAGCAUCAACCUCAACACAAAAAUCCACACGCAAUCAAUUUAGUAAACCAACACCAAUGACAUUUGCAUCAACACUGGAAUCUACUUUGAUAUUGACACCCAAAUCAACUGUAACAUACAUUACACCCACAACAUACAAAUCAACGCUUAAAUCGACAGCCAUGGCACAUUUACCAACCACGUUAUCUUCUUCAACACUGAACUCUACAAAAAUACAGUAUGCAUCAACAUCCGAGUCCACCACCGAAAUAUUAGGAUCGACACCUACAACUAGAUCCUUGACAUUGUCACCUUUAGUUGAUUCUACAUCCAUACAAUUCACAACAAAUGUCAAAUCUACAUAUGCAACAUUAUUCAAAUCUACAACCAUACCAACAACACCGGAAUCUGCAUCCUCACCAUUAACAGAAACAACGGAGUCAACAACCAAUUCAUUCACAAUAAUGGACUCUACAAAAACACCCCUCGAAACAACAAUGGAAUCUACAACCAUACCAAUCACAACAACAAUGGAAUCUACAACCACACCAACCGCAACAACAAUGGAAUCUACAACCACACCAAUCGCAACAACAAUAGAAUCUACAACCACACCAAUCGCAACAACAAUGGAAUCUACAACCACACCAAUCGCAACAACAAUAGAAUCUACAACCACACCAAUCACAUCAACAAUGGAAUCUACAACUACACCAAUCACAACAAUGAAAGCUAUCACCAUACCAAUCACAACAACAAUGACACCUACAACCACACCAAUCACAACAAUGGAACCUACGACCACACCAAUUGCAUCAACAAUGGAAUCCACAACCAGUCCAUUCGCAACCACAAUGGAAUCUACAACUAUACCAAUAACAACAAUUCAAUCUACAUCGACACAAUUUUCGACACCAAAGGCAUCUACUAGAAUAUUAACAACAGAAUUCACACUUACGAACGUUGCACUAACUGGUACUGCAACCCAAAGUUCUUUAUAUAUAGCAUCGGCACCUAAAUACGGUUAUGCAUAUAAAGCUAUCGAUGGCAAUGACGAUCCGGUCUGGAUGCACGAAUCCUGUACUCAUACUCUUAAUGAAAAUAAUGCUUGGUGGAAAGUUGAUCUGGGAUCUUUGUAUGAAAUUCAUUACGUCAUUAUCUCGAAUAGAUCAUUAUAUGGAGAACGUAUUGAUGGCGCUGUAGUGCUGAUUGGAAACAAUACUGACGUCAGCCUGAAUGAACAAUGCGGUGAUACAAUAGAUUGGGCGGCGAGGACAGAUGAUUUAAAGUUCCGGUUUGAUUGUAUAUUAUCAGGGCAGUAUGUCGGAGUGCAGCUAAGAAACCGAAAGAGUAGUCUAGAAUUAUGUGAGGUUGAGGCAUAUGGAAAAUAA